CGGAGGGGUAAAUUGGGGAGAAUAAAAGUAUAGAAGGAGACGAUAUCGGGUCGUGGAGCCCUUACCGUCACUUUCUCUCGCGCCUCACUCUCGUCUUCCUCAACUCCAAGGACUCAGAUCCGUGGAGUUUGCAGAAACCCUAAUCUUUCUCUCUCUUUCUCGCGUUUCUCUAUCUUUCAUUCCAUCUCAUCAAUCAAGCUAUGGCGGGUGCAGCACCAGAGGGAUCACUGUUUGAUGCUAGUCAAUAUGAUGCCAAAAUGCAGGAGCUUAACGCUGAUGCACAAGACUUCUUUACAUCUUAUGAUGAAGUUCAUGAAAGUUUUGAUGCUAUGGGGUUAAAGGAAAACCUUCUUAGGGGGAUUUAUGCUUACGGUUUCGAAAAACCAUCUGCAAUUCAGCAGAGAGGUAUUGUCCCAUUCUGCAAAGGCCUUGAUGUGAUCCAGCAGGCUCAGUCUGGGACUGGGAAGACUGCAACUUUUUGCUCGGGAGUUCUUCAACAGCUCGACUAUGAAUUAGUUGACUGUCAAGCCUUGGUCUUGGCACCUACACGUGAACUUGCACAGCAGAUUGAGAAGGUCAUGCGAGCACUUGGAGACUAUCUUGGAGUCAAGGUGCAUGCUUGUGUGGGAGGAACUAGUGUCCGUGAUGACCAACGCACUCUUUCAAGCGGGGUCCAUGUAGUUGUUGGAACCCCUGGACGUGUCUUUGACAUGCUGCGCAGAAAUUCUCUUCGUGCAAAUAACAUCAAGAUGUUUGUAUUGGAUGAGGCUGAUGAAAUGCUGUCUAGAGGAUUCAAGGAUCAGAUUUAUGAUAUCUUCCAACUUCUGCCACCAAAAAUCCAAGUUGGUGUCUUUUCUGCAACAAUGCCUCCCGAGGCACUUGAGAUAACCAGAAAGUUCAUGAACAAACCUGUGAGGAUUCUUGUGAAGCGCGAUGAACUGACCCUUGAGGGUAUCAAGCAAUUCUACGUGAAUGUGGACAAAGAAGAAUGGAAGCUCGAGACACUCUGUGACUUGUACGAGACUCUUGCCAUCACACAGAGUGUCAUUUUCGUUAAUACUCGCCGCAAGGUUGACUGGUUGACCGACAAGAUGAGAAGCAGGGACCACACAGUGUCGGCCACACACGGUGACAUGGACCAGAACACAAGAGACAUAAUCAUGCGCGAGUUCCGUUCGGGGUCUUCCCGUGUUCUCAUCACCACCGAUCUCUUGGCCAGAGGAAUUGAUGUCCAACAAGUCUCACUUGUCAUCAACUUUGAUCUCCCUACUCAACCUGAGAACUACCUUCACCGUAUUGGUCGUAGUGGAAGGUUUGGGAGGAAAGGUGUGGCAAUAAACUUUGCCACAGCAGAUGAUGAAAGGAUGCUCAAAGACAUCCAGAAAUUUUACAAUGUUACCAUUGAGGAGCUGCCAGCUAACGUUGCCGAUCUUCUGUAACAAAGUAAGUUUUUUUCCCCACUGACGUGGAAGGCUUGCAGAGUCUUGAGUUCUUGGGAGGGCUAUUUGUGUGAACUUUCCGCUUUUCGUCGAUUUCUUUUCUAUCCUUCCUUGCCCCCACUGUUCUCCUCCCCUAGUUUAAUUUUCUUUAUUUAUGAAGUUGAUCCGCAUUGUCAAGUCUUGUAAUCCUUCUGUAUCUUACAAUUUGGGGAGCUAUUUAGAUGUUUCUUCUUUGCAUUUGGGAUUUACAACUGAAUUGUUAUAUUUAUUUUAGUUCAUGCUGCUUUUUCUUGAAGU